GCCCGCCGUCCCGCUCUCGAUGGUCCCAGGCGGCGGCGGGGCCCAAGAUGGCGGCGGCGGCGCUGUCCCCAUCCCCGGCGGGCGCCGUCCCGGGGCCCGGCCCCGCGGUACCGGGAGCGGGGCCGGGCCGCGCCCCCGAGGAGGAGCUGCCGACGCUGCCCCCGGCCGAGGUGCGGAGCCGCCUGGAGCGCAGCGCCCGCCAGUUCCGCAACCGCCGCAAGGUCCUGAUCCGCGGGCUGCCGGCCGACGUGAGCAACCAGGAAGUCCACGAUCUGCUGAGCGACUACGAGCUGAAAUACUGCUUUGUGGACAAAUACAAAGGGACUGCCUUCGUCACGUUGCUUAACGGGGAACAGGCGGAAUCGGCCAUCAAAAAAUUCCACCUGAGCAAACUCCGGGAGAAGGAGAUCUCGGUGCAGCUACAGCCCACGGACGCCCUCCUGUGUAUCGCCAACCUCCCCCAGCUCUACACCCAGCAACAAUUCGAGGAGCUGGUCCGACCUUUCGGCAACCUGGAACGUUGUUUCCUGGUCUACAGCGAGAAAACGGGACACUCUAAAGGCUACGGAUUUGUGGAAUAUAUGAAAAAGGAUUCGGCGGCCAGAGCCAAGUCGGACCUGCUGGGGAAGCAGCUGGGCACGCGGACUCUCUACGUCCACUGGACGGACGUCAACCAGCUGACGUUAGACCUCCUCCAUUCCAAGUGCUUGUGCGUCGACAAGCUGCCCCACAACUACGCCGACCUCGAGGAGCUGCGGCAGGUCUUCUCCGCCGCCUGCGCCCCUACUUUCUGCCAGCUGGCCUACGGUCAGGACGGGCAGCUGAAAGGCUUCGCCGUCCUCGAGUACGAGUCGGCGGAGAUGGCGGAGAUGGUUCAGCAGGCCACGGACGGUUUGCCCCUCGCCGGGAAUCACGUCCGAGUCUCCUUCUGCGCUCCCGGCCCUCCCGGCCGCAGCAUGUUGGCCGCCCUCAUAGCCGCGCAGGCGACGGCGCUGAAUCGUGGGAAAGGGCUCCUCCCCGAGCCAAACAUCCUCCAAAUCCUCAACAGCCUGGGAAAUCCCGCUUCCGUCCAGCUGCUGCUCAACCCCCUGCUCCACGGGGCCGUCGGAGGAAAACAGGGAAUCCUCGGCGCCGCUCCCUCCGUGCCGCUGGUGACCAACCCGGCUCUCUCCACCGCCCUCCUCCAACUCGCGCUUCAGAACCAAACCCAAGCGCAGCAGAAGGCACUGCUUGGGAACUCCCUGUUACUGCAGAACCAGGUGUGGACACAGCUGCUGCAGAACAAGGAGAACCAAACCCUCUUCCAUAAACCGGGGAUCCUGGGCGACUCGCCGCUGAGCUCCCUCUCCCACGGCGCCCUGGGUUUGGCCAACGCGCCGGCGCAGCCCCCCACCCCGCUCCUGGGGGAGCUCUCCUCGGGUGGCCCCUUGGCCGGUGACAUGGCACAGGGACACGUAAAAUCACCGAUUUUGCCUUCUGGAAACGUACCCCUGGCUUCUUUCCUGGGACCGGUGGGAGUAGAUCGGGAAAAUUCGGUGCUGGGGACGCAGGUGCCUCAGCUCACCCCUCCCGCCGUCACCCCGCCGGCUCUGCAGGGUCUCACCACCUCCAUUCUGGGAUCCGUCAUCAGCGGCCUCCAAAAACCAAAGCAGAGCGAAAACGGGCCUCCCGCCUCCGGGGUCUCACUCCUGGGGGAGCCCCCCAAAGACUUCAAGAUUCCUCUCAACCCUUACCUGAACUUGCACAGCCUCUUGCCAGCGAACAGCCUGGGAGGUGCUGCCAACAAAGGGUUUAAUCUGAAAACCGGCGUUUUGGGGAGCGUCUCCAACCCCCGGAUCUCCCAGCCCUCCCUGGCCGACCCUCUCCUCCCCUCGCCCGGGCUGGCCGGGGACGGCUACGCCUUUGAUUACCCACCGGAUUUGGGAUCCCGGAUUUACCCCCAGACGAGAGACCACGCUGGACCCAUCCUGGGGGGCUUCGGGCACAGCAGGCACAAGCCCUUUCCCUUCCAGCUCUCCUCGUCCCCGGGCUUCGAACGAGGGGGUUUGGGGCCGCCUUUGCCCCCCUUUUACUCAGGAUCCCCCAGUUCCUACUUUACCAGUGGCCUUCAGGCUGGGCUCAAGCAGAGUCACCUCAACAAGGCUGUCGGGAUGCCUCCGUCAGGCUCCGCAGACACCGUCCUCACCUUGGGACCCCCCAGCCACUCGCACAGCUCCCACUCAAAGACCCCCGUGGGUGGCCAGAAACGAGCCUUCUCCCACCUCCUGCCCUCCCCGGAGCCCAGCCCUGAGGGCUGCUACGUGGGGCAGCACUCCCAGGGUUUGGGGGGGCAUUACGCCGACUCCUACCUGAAGCGGAAAAGGAUAUUUUAAACCCCCCCCCAACCCCCCCCUGUAAAUCUUGUACAAACGUGGGUUGGUUUUGGGUUGUUUUUUGUUUUUGUUUUUUUUUUUUAUUUAGUCUUUUUGAUUCUUUUUGGAGGGUUUUAAAGUGAUACGAAAGCUUCGAGCCUGGCUUGCCGGGUGAUGGGUGGGUGGGUGGGGCUUCUCAUUUCACAGCCCCCCCCCGCACACCCUGGUUGCCAUAAGGUGGUCCCCAUGGCCCCCCUUUUCCCUGUGGCCCCCCCCCUCCCAGAGCAGUGACCGGGAGCCGCGUGUGUGCGUGUGCAUCAACGCCCCCCUCCCCCCCAAAAAACCCCCACGCGCUCCCCGCCUUAACCCGCUGCUUGGGGUGAGGAAGGGGGGGGGCUCCCGCCCCUUUUGGGGGGCGAUGGGGGGUUGGACAUGGCGCUGCCCCCCCCCCCCCCCGGGGGGUCUGGGCUGAGCUGGGCACCUCGGCCUCCCCCUCCUCUUCCUCAACAUUUCACUCGGGGUUGUGGGGGGGGGGUGGGUGUUAGUGGUUUAUCUUUUUUUUUUUAAAGACUGGAGCUACUGCGAUUUUACACUUUUUUGGGGGUAAAAGUUGCCUUUUUACUUUAAUGCUCGUUUUUAUUGCCUUUUUAAAAAAAAAAAAAAAGGAAAAAAAUAGUUUUCUCCCUUCCUCUCUGGGGGGGCUUUGCCUUCCCCCCCCCUUAGGAGGGGACACAGCCCCCCAGCAGGCGCUUUCGGGCGGGGUCCCGACCCUCCUUCCUCUUCCCUCCCUCUUUUUUGGGGGGGGUUUCCUGGUUUUUGAGUUGUUGCCCUGUUUCUACUGUCGAUGCUGUCUGAUUUGCUGUACUGGAGGGGAGGGGGGUGUGCGUGUGUGUGUCCCCCCGCCCUUCUCUCUUCCCAAAGUAAAGCUAUAUUUAUAUUGCU